UCCUACCGACCGUGUCUCGCCGCUGAACCGCCGAGAGAUCCCUCGAUCCGUCUUACGAGAUCGAAACCGCCGCGCCGCGCCGCGCCGCGCCGCGACGUCGCAGUGAUCCUUUUUGCGAACUGAACUCCCGGUGCUACCAUUCACAACCGCUAUAGUGGUCCACGGGAUUACAGCUGCGAGGAGGACUCUGGGGACUAUCGUGUCUUGUCCAGUGAUUCGAACGUGGCGGAAAAUAGAGGUCCCCGUGAGACGUGCCGUCGAACGCUCUCGGAUGACGAGGGAGAUUUUUUUAAUCGAUGCAUCGGGGCGAAAAUCGAUGGGGUUCGGUAUCGUUCCCCAAGCUGGUGGAUUUACACGAUCGUCGUAGGUUGUACACGAUUCUGUCGCAUAGACGUUUGAGCGUAGACGCGCUGUCAAACGUUCGCGGUUUGAAAUCGUUGACCGAUUUAAAAGUGCAACAGGAGCUCGAUAUCAAUUGUUCGGUCGUGAAGCACGUUCCGAUCUUGGACGACCGAGAAGCCUGUAAGUGUACGUUCGUCGACGAUCUCCCGAAGAUUUGUGCUCCAAAUCGCACGGGAACACCGGCGCGCUGAGUAAUUACUUCAUUUAUUCUCGAGUGACAUUAAUAUUCGAAAGAUAAGAGGUCCUGGGAGCCUCCGAGUGCUAAACCGUCCACGGAACGUGCCAUCGGAGACAGAAGGGCACUAAAAGCGUCUCUUUGAUCCGGCAUCGUAGCCUAAAUUGAAGGACUCCCUUCUCGUUCGUUCUUCUAACACUAAACAAUUGCUAUCGCAAACCCCGUGUGCCUCGACCACUCCGAUUUCGCAAGUUUCCCGAGUGGCGAACGAUCUAUGAAAGAUAUCCAUCUGUAAGCAUCGCUGUCCAGUUUCAUGGACGUCCGCGUGUGACAGCGGCCGGAGCAUAAUCGAGUGCGAAGGAUCGUAGCGUAGGUUCAAGGUCUUCGAGAUCUCGCAGCAGCAGCAGCAGCAGCAAUUACGCUCGUCUGUCGCAGACUGCCGAGGCUGUUUCUCCUGUGUUUUAGAAAGCCCGGGCCGGUCGGACACACGCGUCGACGGUCGUUCGGCCGUCGUAAUGACGGAACGUCGACGCAUCGUCCGACGAGGAGGUCGCCGAGAACGGGACGGAGAGAGAAGACGAAUCGUCGCGGAAACGGGAUAAAACGCGGCGGACCGGGGCCCAGUGAUUCACUUGUUUCCGUUCUAUGAAGCGUCGAAUUGUAAUCUAGUUUCAAACGAACGAGAAGAGAGAGAAAGGAGAGAGAGAGAGAGAGAGAGAAUAGCGAGAAGAACAAGGUAGGCUAAAAAAAGCAGCUAGAAGAGAAGGACAGAAAGGACUAUCGAGCAGCAACAGCAGCAGCAGCAGCCAAGAGCGAACGUUAUCUCUGGCAAGCGAGGGCUCUGCAGGGGUUUUAUCGCGAUAUUCCUCUUCGACGUCGUCAUCGAAACAGGAUCAUUUUCGCCGGUUGACAUGACGAGGAUGAUAUCGGCGCCGGCUGGUGAUCCCGGAUCGUUAUCGGACAGCGCGGAGUCAAUCGGGACCAGCGAAACGAUUGGUUUUCGUUUAGCCACGGCGGACUACUGCCGGCUGCACCGAGAGUAACAACGGAAUCACGGAUGAUCGGUCUGUGGAACUUUGCUUAUUCCCGAGAUACUGGCGCGCCGUACGUAUUGUACAAGGACAACAUGGAGAGACCCCAGGGGCAAUGGGGCCCGGGGCCGGGAUCUCUCCAGGACGGUGGACUGUACCCGCAGCAACAGCAACAACAGCAACAGCAGGGCUCCUCCUCGUCCGGCAGUCCACAGCAGGCCUGUGGUCCCCCAGUCGAGGGAGAAAGCGGUCCCCCGCCUUCGUUGGCCUCUCCCGUGCCCUCGCCGUACCCCUCGGCACCGCCCGAGCCUCAAGCCUUAACCCCGCCCGACGACGACAUCCAAUCGAGCCAGGCUACCUCUCAGCAACAGCAGCAGCAACAGCAACAGCAACAACAGCAACAACAGCAAACGCAACAACAGGUCCAACAGCAACAGCAGCAGCAGCAAGUCCAGCAGCAGCAACAGCAGCAGCAACAGCAGCAGCAGCAACAACAGCAAACGCAACAGCAGGAUCACUCGCCGCAACAGCAACUGACGCCGCACGAGGUCGACCGCAGCGACUGUUUCCCCGGGGCCGGGGAGCUCCAGCAGUACCCCCAGCACUACUUCAAGGAGGCCAGGCCGCAUCCGUCGCCGUCGGUGCCGCCGCACAUGCUCACACCCGGCGGUUUCUCCGCGUUGCACUACCUGAAGCAGCCGGGCGUGAUGCUGACGUCCCUCGGGCAGGGCGACGGCGGGCCCGGCCUCGACGGCCACCAGUACGCCAGCCCCGGGGCCCCGAACAUGGCAACCGGGCUGCCGGACAUCGUCCAGCAGAGCGGCAAGUCCGGCAAGGGGGCGAACAGCGACCUGCGACUGUUCAAGUGUCUGACGUGCGGCAAAGACUUUAAGCAGAAGUCGACGCUGCUGCAGCACGAGAGGAUCCAUACGGACAGUCGGCCAUACGGGUGCCCGGAGUGCGGGAAGCGGUUCCGGCAACAAUCGCACCUAACGCAGCAUCUGCGCAUACACGCGAACGAGAAGCCGUAUGCGUGCGUGUACUGCGAGCGUACGUUCCGGCAGCGUGCGAUCCUCAACCAGCAUCUGCGCAUCCACUCGGGUGAGAAGCCAUACCAAUGUCCGGAGUGCGGAAAACACUUCCGUCAGAAGGCGAUCCUGAAUCAGCACGUCCGCACACACCAAGACGUGAGCCCGCAUCUGAUCUUCAAGAACGGUAUGACGCCGACACUGUGGCCGCAGGACGUGCCGUUCCCGCCGGAAGAGGGCAAGGAGGAGGUGGCGUCGACGUUCGGCGACACGGACACGCAGUCGGGCGCGUUCAGCCCGGCGCCGGACGCGAACUCGAUCCAGUACCCGGCGUACUUCAAGGACCCGAAGGGCGGUAACCACGCGGUGUUCGGCGCGAGCGGCACGGGCAGCUUCGGGGCCCUGCAGUACAUCAAGCAGCAGGGCGGUAGCAAGAGCUGUUUGCCGGACGUGAUACAGCACGGCCGCUCCGCGGGGAUGCCGCUGUACGUCCGCUGCCCGAUCUGCCAGAAGGAGUUCAAACAGAAGUCGACGCUGCUGCAGCACGGCUGCAUACACAUCGAGUCGAGGCCGUACCCGUGCCCGGAGUGCGGCAAAAGGUUCAGGCAGCAGUCCCACCUGACCCAGCACCUACGCAUCCACACGAACGAGAAGCCGUACGGCUGCGUCUACUGCGGCCGGAACUUCCGGCAGCGCACGAUCCUGAACCAGCAUCUGCGCAUCCACACCGGCGAGAAGCCGUACAAAUGCCAGCAGUGCGGCAAGGACUUCCGUCAGAAGGCGAUCCUGGACCAGCACACGCGCACCCACCAGGGCGACCGGCCGUUCUGCUGCCCGAUGCCGAACUGCAGGCGGCGGUUCGCCACCGAGCCCGAGGUCAAGAAGCACAUCGACAACCACAUGAACCCGCACGCGGCCAAGGUGCGCCGGAACUCGAGCAGCGACACCAAGCCGCCGGGUACGCCGGCGGGCCUCGGGCCCGUCCCGGUACCCAGGGGCCUCACCCCCACCGUCGUCAAGCCGGAGCUCUACUUCCCGCAGUGCUACGCGCCGGCGUUCAACCACCAGCCGCCGGUCUCGACGGCCCAGUUCCCCGGACAGGCGAACGGCGUGUCCGUCGCCGGCGAGUUCAAGCCACCGACAGGUCUGCCGCCCCAGUGACUAACCGUCCAUCCUGCCGCCUACUAGCAAGCAGGAAUUCCGCUGAGGUUUCAGCGAUGCUUCGGUCACGCGCUGCAGGCCGACGCCGGCGCCGCCUCCACCGUCGCCGCCGCCGCCGCCGCCGCCCACCGAUGCACCACCACCAGCCAGCAGCCGAUCCAGCAACACUACCCGUGACAUUUAUCGUGCAUUUACUAGGCUCUUUCUUUUCGUUUCCGCGGUGAGCUUGCCAUCCAACGCGCCAGCUAGUCCCGGGCUCGACGGCCGAACGCGCGUUCUCCUCUUGGCGCAACCCUUUUACUUUUCCGUUUUUUCUCGUUCGACGAUCUUCGUGUCCUCGGAUUCGGAUCUGUGCAAUAAUCCUAUCGGAAGAACGGGGCUCUCGGCACCGAUCCCGCGCGCCGACUCGCCCCUGUCGGUCGCCCUUUCCACCCGCGCAAUCCACCGACGGCUCGCUGGAUCAGCCCCCGAUAGAGACGCCGCACGAUGUUUUAUCUCGAUGUUGUUACCUGAUGAUUGAUACUCUACCGUGUUACGAAACCAGUUGAUACGUUACCGCGACACGGACGACGAUGCCCGACACGGGCGCUCGGUCUCUCGGCUCGGUUGCUCUAGAUAGACGACGAUGUGUAGGACCAGUGGUUGAGAGGAUGUUCGGUAAGUGAUACCCUUUGAUUUUUAUGUAACUCUGCCGAGAUUCGUUUGGACACCUUUUCGUUUCGUAGCUUCGGCGGGACUUGCUUUUCCUCGCCGAUCGCUUACGUUAGAUGCUUUUCAGUUUCACGUUUUACGGUUCAAGGGGGAACGCGGCAUCUUCGACGAUCUUCGAACGAUCUCGGAAGAUCCGCGAUCCAGUUUCUGUACGUUGUCUUAAAACAACCGUAUUCGUUCGAUCGGAAUUGAAAUAAUCUAACCGGGCUUUUCAUUUUUAUCCAACAUAGCGGGAUGAGAGAUGCUUUCUCUUAUAUGCAAGAAAUCCAAAUUACCCGAAGAACAGGCUAAGCAUUCGUCUCGAUGAAGCUCGAUGCACAAGCUAUUGGGUCGGGACUUAAAUAACUGUUUUUUUAUCAGACAUUUAUCUUGUUUUCUCUUUCUCGUUUGUCCCGGUGAUUCGUAGCGAGUAGACACGAACGAUAGAUUCUACCUAGCUGCGUUGGAUGUUACUUACGACUCGACCUGAUAAAUAAUUGUCUAAACAGCGGAACAAGAAAUCUCGUCGAGAAAAGAAAAGAUAAUAUGAGCCGUUUAUUUUGAAAGUGGCACAAGUCACUUUGUUUUUAAGUCGAUAUAUU